CGGGAUUCCUAGGCAAUUCAGUGCGCGCGCCCUCAAGUCCAGCUUCAGCAGCAGCACGCGCACCUCAGGAGACAGGAUCGGGCAUCUGCAGAGCCCGAGACGUUUCUAAAUAAAACCGGAAUAACGCCAUGAGAUUACAUCGUCUUUGAUGGAGGUGAUGUUUUGGUAGGAACCUCUGUCGUAAGAUGCUGUGGUGUUGCGCGAGGAUCCUGAACACCACAAUGAAGCUGCUAUUUUUGGUGGCACUCUUAUGGCGCGGGGCAUUGUGCGGAUCUCCGAGCGUCCAGAUUGGUGGUUUAUUUCCCAGGGGUGCAGAUCAGGAGUACAGUGCAUUCCGAGUUGGCAUGGUUCAGUUUGGGAUGGCAGAUUUCAGACUAACUCCACACAUAGAUAACCUGGAGGUGGCCAACAGCUUUGCUGUUACUAACUGCUUUUGUUCCCAGUUCUCUCGGGGUGUCUAUGCCAUUUUUGGCUUCUAUGACAAGAAAUCGGUCAACACCAUCACAUCCUUUUGUGAGACACUUCAUGUCUCCUUCAUUACACCUUCUUUCCCAGCAGAAGGAAUGAAUCAGUUUGUUCUCCAAAUGAGGCCGGACAUCAAGGGGCCACUAGUUUCAUUAGUGGAGUACUACAAAUGGGAAAAGUUUGCCUAUCUGUAUGACAGUGAUCGAGGUCUUUCGACUCUUCAGGUAAUACUGGACACUGCAGCAGAGAAAAAAUGGGUCGUCACUGCAAUAAAUGUAGGAAACCUGAAAGAUGAGAGAAAGGAUGAAGCCUACCGGUCCCUGUUUCAGGACCUGGAGAUCCGUAAGGAACGGCGCAUCAUACUGGACUGUGAACAAGAUAAAGUGAAAGACAUCAUGGAGCAGGUGAUCACUAUAGGCAGGCACGUGAAAGGAUAUCACUAUAUAAUAGCAAACUUGGGUUUUGUGGAUGGUGACCUCUCUAAAAUCCAGUAUGGAGGUGCAAAUGUGUCUGGCUUUCAGAUUGUAGAUUUUGAUGAUCCUGUGGUGGCAAAGUUUGAUCAGCGAUGGGAGGCUUUGGAAGAAAAAGAGUAUCCUGGAGCUGAUACAAGGAUCAGAUAUACUUCAGCCCUCACCUAUGAUGCAGUCCAUGUGAUGACUGAGGCAUUCCGAUUCCUGCACAAGCAAAGAAUAGAUAUAAGUCGUCGUGGCAACAGUGGGGACUGUCUAGCUAAUCCAGCAGUGCCCUGGGCACAGGGGGUGGAAAUUGAGCGUGCCCUCAAACAGGUGCAUGUAGAUGGUUUAACAGGGAAUAUACAGUUUGACCAGUACGGAAAAAGGAUCAACUAUUCGGUGACAAUCAUGGAGCUUAAGAACAAUGGACCUGUUAAGAUUGGGUAUUGGAAUGAGGUGGAUAAGAUGGUUCUGACAAAGUCAGACCUUUACCCAAAUGACACAAUGGGAAUGGAAAAUAAGACUGUCAUCGUUACAACGAUAUUGGAAGCACCAUAUGUGAUGCUAAAGAAGAAUGCUGAACUGUUUCAAGACAAUGACCGUUAUGAAGGUUACUGUGUCGACCUGGCUGCGGAGAUUGCAAAGCACUGUGGGAUACGCUACCAGCUAAGGAUUGUGGGAGAUGGCAAAUAUGGAGCAAGAGAUGCUGAAACCAAAAUCUGGAAUGGUAUGGUUGGAGAGCUGGUAUAUGGGAAAGCAGAUAUAGCUAUUGCUCCCCUGACAAUCACUCUUGUCCGUGAAGAGGUGAUAGAUUUCUCCAAACCCUUCAUGUCUUUGGGAAUCUCCAUCAUGAUUAAAAAGCCACAAAAAUCCAAACCAGGUGUUUUCUCCUUUCUGGACCCGCUGGCCUAUGAAAUCUGGAUGUGCAUUGUCUUUGCCUACAUAGGAGUUAGUGUUGUUCUCUUUCUGGUAUCCAGGUUCAGCCCUUAUGAAUGGACGCUUGAGGAGCCAGAAGAUGGAGCCUUGCCAUUAACCACUGAAUCCACCAAUGAGUUUGGGAUAUUUAAUUCUCUUUGGUUUUCUUUGGGUGCUUUCAUGCGACAGGGUUGUGACAUCUCACCAAGGUCUCUUUCAGGACGUAUAGUUGGUGGGGUGUGGUGGUUUUUCACUCUGAUCAUUAUCUCAUCAUACACUGCUAACCUGGCUGCCUUCCUCACGGUGGAGAGGAUGGUGUCUCCCAUUGAGAGUGCUGAAGACCUGGCUAAGCAGACGGAGAUAGCAUAUGGAACACUGGACUCUGGAUCCACCAAGGAGUUUUUCAGGCGUUCCAAAAUCGCCUUGUUUGACAAGAUGUGGCAGUACAUGAAAAAUGCAGAACCUUCAGUUUUUGUCAAGAAAACAUCAGAAGGUGUCCAGCGUGUCAGGAAAUCCAAGGGAAAGUACGCUUACCUGCUGGAGUCCACCAUGAAUGAGUACAUCGAGCAGAGGAAACCCUGUGACACAAUGAAAGUUGGGGGAAACCUGGACUCAAAAGGCUAUGGCAUCGCCACACCAAAAGGAUCCCCAUUAAGAAAUGCGGUGAACCUGGCGGUGUUAAAGUUGAACGAGCAGGGGCUGCUGGACAAACUGAAAAACAAGUGGUGGUAUGACAAGGGAGAAUGCGGCAGCGGAGGAGGGGAGAGCAAGGAGAAGACCAGCGCACUCUCUCUUAGUAAUGUAGCAGGAGUCUUCUACAUCCUGGUUGGAGGUCUGGGAUUAGCCAUGAUGGUGGCACUGGUCGAGUUUUGCUACAAGAGUCGUGCAGAAGCCAAAAAAAUGAAGGUGGCAGCCAACACCUUGUCAUCACCCCAGCACACAGGAAACUACACACACACUCUGCCUUCUCCUCAACAUCCCCCCAACUACAACCUGCUGUCCCCCAGCCACCAGCCAAACUACGCCACCUAUAAAGAAGGCUACAACGUUUACGGCAUUGAGAGCGUCAAGAUCUAACACGGAUGAAAUUCACGGAUGCGAUGCGCUCCAAAGCUCGUCUGUCUAUCACAGGAUCGACCAGCGAGAAUGGUCGUGUUCCAGUGGCUUACCUCCGUCCUGGAUUACCCAUGAGUCUCAGCAUGACUGAUCUCUCCUGACUACAUCCAAGCCAGUGCCUUACAGCUAGAAAGACUGGACAGAUGUCUACCCACCACUUGGCUGUCAGGCUUCAGCAAAGACCUGCCCAUCAAUGAAGAGAGUCACUUGACCAUCAGUGAGAAGAAUGGCUGUUCAUAUACAAAUUCAUGAAAAGCAAUCAAGCACAGUGGACAGUUUUCUAAUCAAAUACACAUCAUUGUUUAAUGGAUUUUUUCCCCCUCUUGUACAGACAACAAGAAACAAUGAUGCUAACGCAAUAACAAUAUUAAUCAGGAAUGUGAUCAGCAGUUAUAAAAGCAGACUGGUGGAAUGAAAUAUCACAUCCAUAAAAUAUUAGCAAUUGUGGUAGCAGAUAAUGAUAUUGCUAUUGUUCCUAUUUUUUCUCCUUAUUUUUCCCUGAAAAUCCCUAAUGAAUGGAAACUUUUACCAGAUUAAGGGAUGCAUGGACUAGCAACCACAGGUACACAGUGUAAACACUUCUACAACACAACACUACAAAAACAUACAAAUUAUAUGCAGGGAUGGGCUGAAAUGGGUUAAAAAGUACCUGAGCAGGGUGUGAUACUGAAAGCAUCAACAAAUGCAAUCUGAGAAAGUGAAUUAUACCUGGCUGAAACUGGCCACUCAUCAGUAUUAAGAUUAAAAUGAAGCAAUUACUAAUGCUUAAAAUGCAUUUAAACUAGUCUUUCAUGAAACGCUGUCCACUCCAAGAUAUGUUAAAUAAUUAAACUAAAUCCCCCAAAAUAUUUAAUGGUGCAAAGAUGCACGUUACAUUCUGAUUCAUUUAAAAAAAAUUAAUUAGAUUCUUGGUAACAUGAAUAUUUUAUAGUCUUUGCAGUAUUACUGUAAAUAUGUUUACAUUUUCCUCUUGUUCAUUGGGCAAUAGCUUAACAGUGGUUUAUGUUUGACUGUGUGACACACAGCUCUAAAUGUGUAAUGAUCGGCAUAGUGUAUUUAUAAAAUCAUAAAUCAUGUUGAAUCAGUUAAAUAUAUUUUAACGUCUUGUGUAAACAGCACAUUGGCAGUUUUUACAUUCCUCAUUUUUCAUGCUGUACUGUUAACUACAGGAUCAUAGAUUUAGCCAUAGCCAGAUUUAACCAUUAUUAUAUACACAAAAUAGAGUUAGUCAGAACUGGGUCAAAUAAAGGGAAAACACACAUACACACACAAACAUAGGCUUGAAUUAAAAUCAGCUAAGUGAAGGUGAAUUAAAACGAUCAAAAACUGCAGGUCAGAUUCAGUUUUAGAGCAAAGUUCUGUGAAGCAUCAGCCCCAGGUUAGUUUUAGUGCUUAUCUAAAUAUUAUUGGUUUUAUCCAUAAAUACAUCUGCAGAAAAUAGCAACUUUAAGUACGUACAGUUAUUUAUUAUACUGAUAUCCUUACUGAAUAUGGACACUAACAGGGAUUUAAAAAAUACACAUAUAAGUCGCAUAACUUGUGUAGCUGUUUGGCAACUAUUGGCAGUCAUUUGUCAUGAAGACAUUGAAGGGGUACUUUGAUCAUUUCUCGUUGCACUUCCACAAAGUGAAGAUAUUUAAAAUUCCUUAAUAAGCUCUAAAAACACAAACACACAUAAGACAUUCAGUAGGGCUAUUUCAUGAAUCCCAAUUAAUUGGUAGCACUCUACUCAUGUCAGUAUGCUUUGUUUGUAAUAUAAUAAUUUUUAAAAAACUGAACUGAAACCAGUUAAAAACCCAGUCUUUUAGUCUUCUAUUGUUGUAGAAACCACUCUUUUUUCACAGAUAUUUCUUGGUAUUUUGGUUUUGCAUGGCAUCUAUGACUGUAUAUUCAACAUCUGAACUUGCUGAUAAGUAAAAGUUGAAAGGCACAAUAAAGUGCAACCCGCUGGCAGCAGAAUAGGCUAAUGUUACUCAUAUCAGUGCCAAAUUAUAAACGAUCACUUUCUGUGAAAACAGAGGAGUGGAUGGAAGCUCUUAUUUAAUGCCCCAAGAUACUGUUUUCACAAACUGAGGUGGACUAAAUUUGUUCCCUUUAAUUAUAUGUUCCUGUAAAUAUUUACAGUAUAUGAGAAGUGUUCCCAGCCCUCUUUCUAGGUCAGCACAUCAAAGCUGCAGCAUAAACAGAAACACACCUUGCUUAUACAUUGACAUAUAUUUCCACAUUUGCACGUGCACCUGCAUAGUAUUCUCAUAAGAGUUCUGAAGUCAAUUGGAUGAUGUGCCAAACAGACUGAGACCCAAUCAGAGUUCUUUAUGCUCAGUCAAUGGCAGCUGCUGAUACUGAAACCUGAGCCAGUAGGAGUUCUCACUGCUGUGAACUGGACAAAAAAAAAAAGAAACUGUGAAGAAAAACUUUUGUUUUAAUAAAUAUACUGCACUAAAGGAUGUCAACAAAGACAUGGAGGAUGGAGUGAAGAAAGUUUGCAUGUUACUUUAAGUUUUUCCUUUGAUGAAAUUUUCAGUCUGAAGCUUUGUGACUGGCUGCAUUUUAGUGUUUAAUAAUAAUACUAAUAAGAAUACUAUUAGCGAUAUUAAUUGCAGUAUUAUUGUGAUUCUUGUUAUGUAUAGUGUAUGCUUUUAAGAACUCUGGUAUGCUAUUUUUUUCACAAGAGAGCUGAUGUUUGUGCUGCUGGUUAGAAGCUAGCUGGUUAGCUUAAAAUCGUCUUAUACGAUAUGAAAAAUGCCCAAACUGUGAUAAACACAGGGUUGUUGAAGAUAUAAAGGCAUCUGCUUCCAUUUCUUCUUAUGAACUUGUAUCAUUUUCACCUUAGGCACAUGUUAAUUUUCAUUAUAUUCUCAUGGUGUUACAGUCAAAUGAACGAGUAACAGCAAAAUAAAUCGCAUCCUUCACUGAUGGAAAUGUGAAAAACGAUCACUCUUAAUGUUACCUCUGGUAUAACUUCAUUUUCUAUUAAAUGUAAGUGAUUUGCUUUUUAACAGAACAAAUUAUUGCCCUGGGCUAAUUUCAUUCGAAGUGUAAAUUAUGUUCAACAUAGUCCCUUCCGUUUUGUAUACUGCCUAUAUUUCAUAUAAACAUGUAUUGAGUUCUUGAGGUCUUCAUUAUCUAUUUUCGGUAUAUAUUAAACAUGCUUGCCCUUGAAAUGUCAUAAUAAAAACAGACAAAGGCAUUAAG